AUGCGUUUCUACACUGUCGCUCUUUUGACUGGUGCCACUGCGGCCACUGCUGGUAGCACUGCCAACCUUUUGCUUCCUGGCUUCCAGGGUCGUGAUAUGCAAGCUGGUGUUUUGGGUCAGGACGGCGAUGCGACCACCUACCUGAUCACCUGCCCUACCAGCGUGGCUUCCUCCGCCUGUGGUAUCCCCGGCAAGGGCAUGACGGCAAUCUCGGCUCCCAGCUCCGCCCAACUGAUCAACACCAACGGCGCAAACACCGCCUCCCUCUCUUGCAAUGUCGCCGGAACCACCUACGCCUCCUGCUUCGCGCAAGAAGGAACCGUAACCGUGCACCAAACCCUCGCCGCCAGCAACAUCAACUGGAUGGCCGUGACAGUCACCGGCCCCUGCUCAACCAGCACGCCCACUCCAACUCCUACUCAAACUCCAACCUCAACCCCGACCUCGACCUCGACCUCGACCUCGACCUCGACCCACUCUUCAACUUCAACCGUCACUCCAUCUUCAGCUUCAACCUCCUUCCCGGCCUCAACCCCCAAGAAGUCGCCUUCCAAGUCCGCUUCUCGCAUGCCUAGCUCUACUCCCCUGAUCACCGGUGCCCCUACCGCUACAGCUGCAAACCCUGUUCCCACUACCGCCGCUCCAUCAACCCCCGUUACAGGCGGCGCUGCCUCUAUCGCCCGUAACGGUUGGGUCCUCGGUGGUGCCUUGGCACUUGCCUACGCACUCGUGUAA